AUGAUUUUUAAGGACAGUCGUGGUGUGCAAGAACAUCCUUCUAUCCCUUCAUCUUAUAAAGGAAGAGUUAAAAUUGAAGGAAGAGCUACCCUGGUUAUCAAGAACAUCAACCCUGGAGAUAAUACCAAAUUUAAAUGUGAAAUGUGGGGAUGGCAUGUUCGAAGUAUAGUGCAGCUUAUUGUGGCAGGUACGUAUUAGAGACAUAACCAUUAAUAAUCAAAUAUAAAUCAAAUUCAUUAAACUCAUGUCUCAUAUUUCUGAGAUCUGGAAAAAAGUAAACAAUAGCAUAUAAAUUUGCACAAACCUUCCUAUGCAGGACUGAAAGUGGCCAGCUAACCCGACUUUUUGGAACAAUAGUGCUACUUUUAUAUGGCAUGCGACGCUCAACAAAAGGAGAAAAUAAAUUCUACCGUUUACUUUGUUGUAAUUCUCGUGAGAAAGAAUUCAAAGAGUUAUUGCUUCAUUCUUCUGGCACCAACUACUGGGUUGCUCUGUUAUGCAUAGAUAACUAUUAUUAAUAUGAAUAAUAAGAUUUUCUCUUAGCAAAGCUCUCAAUUAAAAAUGGCCAGUCAACAUUAGAAACAAUCCAACUAGUUCUAUGAUUUUGCUAAAUCAGUGAAGGAGAAUAUUGCAUGACCAAUCACAGGCAGCAUGUGAAAUUAAUUUGGUGUGGAAAAAAUGGCAUUGCUUUUCAAGGGACUUGCCAAAGGGACUUGCCAAAGGGAAUGAAAGUCGACAUUAAGCCUUUCGCUGCUUUCUGAGUAUUAUGAUCUUCAAGGUUUACAGAUAUAAAUUUAGUCAACAGAACGGUGACUUCCUCAAGUAAGUUCUGAGACUAAGGAGCAAUCCGAGACUUAGAUUUGAUUUAUGCGCUGGAGCAAAAUUCUCCUAAAAGUUAUGGAAGCAGCAAAUCAGCAAAGUCUAUAAUCCAAGCUCUUUAUGCUAUUUGAAAUACUUUGAGCAUGCAAACAGAAAAUGAUGCAAUGAUGAUCAACUUGGCAAGGUAGGGAUGCUGUUCCUAGAAGAUGCUGUUACUCAUGGAGAUCAGUUCAACAGCUCUAAUUUUAUUUGCUAAUUUUGGUUUCUCCACCGAGAAACUGGCUGAGUUUCGCAAAGAGCUCCAAUGGACUAAAAGUAUUCCAUUUCAAUUUAGAGUAUGAAUCAUUUUUUUUGAGCUUAUGCAACCUAAACUUUUCAAGAAAUUUUCGUGUAUGAAACAGAAGCGUAGUGUUCUUUGAACAGACUCUUUAAUUUUCUCUCUGAGUGUUUCAACUUACAUUUUCGAACACAGUAUCUUGGAUGUCCUAACAAUGUUAAGUACAUGGAAACAAGUGUGAUAUUAAGUAUGUAACUUCUUGGUCAUUUAACUGUGAUUCAAAGUUGAAAACAUUUGUGAUAUCUCAAUCAUGAUACUAAAAAAAAGCCUAUUUAAAAACCUUUGCACGAAUUCAGUCCGACUGCACAUUGAGAGCAGGUCUCAGUUCUUGAAUAAAAAAACAUUUCAUAAGGUAGGCAGUCCAAUUUGUUCGUACUCAUCUUUAAAACACUAAAAUUCUUUUUAAGAUCCCUCAAGGCCAAAGAGUGCUUGUUGCGAAAAUGCCUGCCAAUCGAUGGAGUCGAUUUUCCGUGUUCUUGAACAUGUUGAUGUAGAUGCAUGGCGGCGUGUAAAACCAACAUAACCUGCAUCGUACAGGUCACAUUUAAUGUUGUAAACAACGGUCGUGUGGCAAAAGACGAAUUUGCUUUGGGCUCCCCCUUGAUCCUCCAUUGGCCUUUUUUUUUUAUAUCAGCAUUGAGGAUACUCAUAGCAACGAUAAAUUAAGUGAAUUUCAUGUCUUUAUAACGCGCGGUGUUUAGGAAUCAUUAAUUAAUCCCGUUUGUAUUUGAGGUGGUGUGACCUGUAACUUGAGCAAAAUUUUGAUUCCGUCGAUACCUGUCCUAUAGAAACGGAACACAUCGCUGUCUUCAUCUCGAAAUUUGAACAUCGUCUAUCGGUCGUGAGAACGGUUUUAACGGUCAGCGAUUCGAAGCUUUUGAUGUAUAAGGUUGAAACUGAAUACAAAUGUUACGCGCGACAUUUCAGGAAAUGCUGCUUUCAUAAGAGCAGUUUUGCUUCGUUCGUACUUUUUAUUCACGCAUAGCGUUAUGUGAUAAUGAUUCGCCCCAGGUAUUGUAAUCCGUGUUCCGGAAUCCAGGAAAUUUUUGCUCGUGGAAUCCGGAACCCUGGGCAUUGGAAUCCAGAAUCCCGCUGAAAUUCAUUUGCUGAAAAUCCAUAUCAUCUGUAUCAACGGUUUUCAUGCGCAUCCAUGCAACCACGGUCAUGCUGCAGACCGUGCAGACCAUAUAGAACGCACUUUGUACGCUGGAGAAUUUUGACUAUUACAGCUCCCGAGACACUGACAAAAUCAUCAUGACCUAUCCCCCAAUCGACUUCGAUACUGACAUAGCUAAAGUUCCUUACUAGCUAUUAAUGAGUCUUCUGCUCCGAUUCAAAGACCUUAUUUCCCAAUAAAGUUCGGGCUAAUCCCCAUGAGCUCCAGAAACUUGAGCCUGCGAUUUUGUUUUUUUAGGUAACGAGAGCUCGAAAUAACCUCGUAAAAUUUCGUCGUUUGGAGUCCAAAAGAGUGCAGUCCACUCACGUGGUCAAUAGGUAUGCAAAUUUGGAGUGACAAAAGUAAUUAUUUACAUAACAAAAGCGUUAAAAUCCCACAGUAUUUGCUUGGAACACCAACAUGGCGACGGACCACACGUUUCCAAUUACGACAAACUUUGAACAAAGUUAUAUAUGGAUACCUAAGGGAGCCGGGAGAGGUCUAUUUCUAAGUCGAAUUUUCGCCAUUUAAACGUAAACCGCUUUCUUUGAUAUUUGGCAUUCGGAAUAACAAAUUUGAAGAUUUCAUAAAGCAUCCUAUCUCAGAGCGAAUGAAAUAAGAUAUUACCAGAUUUUAGGGUCGCACAACAUUUCCUAGAAAAGAAAGUAGCGGCGGGCCACGUAAUGUGACUUGACUUGGUUAACCUUUUUAAAGAAAAAAGGAAAUAUAGAAAAGAGAAUCUGUUAUUCUUGGAAAAUUACCGUGUAAAUGCAGAUCUUUCGCGAUUUUGCAAAGGUUAAAGUACAGUUGAGUUGGUUGAACACCGUUUUAUGCGCUAUCUCAUAAUGUCGAAUAUCAUCGCCAGUUACAUAGAGGAAAACAAGCUUUUCUCAGUCAUAGUCUGCAAUUAUUUGUGACAUACACGAGGUGUUAUAAAAUUGUAUUUCAGUUUAAAUUUUCCUUAAUUUGGUCUUUGUUUAAAAGGAAAGUUAAAAAGGUAAUUUGAGAUGGAAUCCGGAAUCUGCAGGGGUAGAAUCUAGAAUCCAGCACCUUGCAUGUAGAUAUGGAGUUUCUCUUCUCGUUUUCAACUCGACAUCUCAUUCGUUCGCUGCGCUCACUCGUGUGCGAUCGAGUUAAACACUCGAAGAGAAAUUCCAUAUCUAUGCGAGCCCAUGUAUUAUUCUCUAUUUAUUUUAUUGUAAUUGGGUAAAUUUUAAAACUCAGUCCAAGUAAAAUUUGCUAAGCCAUAUGAGCAAUGAUAUAAUCACUUUUACCUUUCAGAGGCACCACUUAUAAACAUCUCUUUGGGAGGAAAAUAUUACAUUGAAGGAUCCCCUGUCACCAUAAGCCUGUGA